GCCCACCUUGUAUUCGUCUUCCCCGUCGACGAGGCGCUCGACAUCGACUGCAAUGGCACGUACAGCGACGACAGCGACGACAAUCACAGCUUCAAGAAAGCGCAAGUCCACUGGAGACAUUCCGAAAGAUGGUGCGUCGGCCAAGGACGCCAAACGGCCACGCACGACCCUCGACAGGUUCUUCUCCCCACAGGUUCCCGUAUCGAGCAGCACAAAGGGGGACUCUAAUACUGGCACUACCAGUAGCCGGGACACUGUGGCGUUAAACGACGAACAAAGAAAGAUCCUCCAAAUGGUAGUCGACGAGGGGAAGAAUGUCUUCUUUACGGGUGCAGCUGGCACUGGAAAGAGUCUGCUGCUGAGGGCCAUUAUAUCGGCCUUGCGUCGGAAGCACGCCAAGAAAGCAGAGGUUGUCUCUGUUGUUGCGAGCACAGGCAUGGCCGCCUCAAAUAUCGGAGGAAUGACAAUUCACUCAUGGGGAGCAGUCACGCCUGGAAUGACGAAUAUUGAGAGGCAAAUCAGUUGCAUCAAGACAUGCAAACCGGCGUUCCAGCGAUGGAAGGCGACCAAGGUGCUCGUCAUCGAUGAGAUCUCCAUGGUUGAUGGCGAGCUAUUUGAGCUGCUUGCGUCUCUAGGCGACAGGCUACGGAGGAAGACAGACAAGCCGUUCGGAGGUCUCCAGGUUCGUCUACGCGAUCCUCUGUUGUGGCUAUCUUGACGCCCCGUACUGUAGCUCGUCAUCACUGGCGACUUC